AUGUCGGAUGCUGAUGUAUUUGAUUUAUGGUUCGACAACACCGCGCAGCAGGGGUCCAAACCGGAAUCCGACUCCUCGCGCAAAAUCGUCAACCACGAGCAGAAGCAGCAGCAGCGGCAGCUUCUGCCUCCUCCACCGCCGCCUCCGCCGCCGCCACGACGAACCCAGCAGCAACAACAACAGCAGCAGCAGCAGCGAUCCGUGAUGCCACCCCCGCGCCCGACUCCCACCGCCGCUGCCGACAUGUCCGUCGCCAAUGCCAGCAACGGCAAGCCGCAUCGUCCCUCGAGAAGCCCGGCCCCGCCACGCGACGAAGAAGCCGUGUCCAAGAUUCCAAACCUCCUGCCCCACGAACGCGUCUUUCCCAUCCAGAUAGGAAACGAAUUGUUCAAGCUGUCGGGCGCUUCCAUUUCGUCUGAUGCCCCGUCUUACUUCUCCCAAUACUUCUACUGUCAGGUCAAGAAGGCUCAGGAAACAGGCGAGGACCUCUCGAGCGCCAUUCGCACCCUCUACAUCGACCGUGAUCCAAGGACCUUCGCCGAUAUCUCUCUUCACCUCCAGGGCUAUCAUGUCAAGCCAAGAGAUGGGACGCACUUUGUGCGACUGUUCGCCGAUGCCCAGUUCUACAGCUUGCCCAAGUUGAUAUCCCAACUCUACGAAGAAUCAAUCUUCAUCUCUAUCGGCCAUCGCGAGUUCCAGAUUCCCCGCGAUAUCUUCACCGACCCGGGCAACUCGCCAAACUUCUUCUCACUUGGCUUCGCCGUCUUCUUCUCCAACCCAGAAGAUCUCUUCCCUGGCCUCGACCGCGAAGGUCUCCUCCGCCCUCCUUCUAUCCUACCCCCGUCCGUACCGAACCGCUCCGCCGAGACCUUCUCCGAGAUCCUCCACCUCCUUCGCGGCUACCCGGUCACCAUCCGCAACGAGACCCACCGCGCCGAGCUCCUCCGUGACUGCAGAUACUUCAACUUCAAGGGCCUCGAGCAGAAGCUCAUUGCGCACCACAUCAGCUACAACCAAGCCCGCCGUCGGGAGGAGAUCGUGCUCCGUCUCGAGGACAUUCUCAAAAGCGGCAUCAGCGUCGCCGCCGACGUCUCUGCGGCCUCUGCGUCACCCGGCGACCAUCUCGCCGGUUGGGUGAACUACGCCCGCCCCUACGUCGACGAUCGCGCCGCAGAGCUCGUCCUGGAAAUCGGUGGCGAGAGCACCCGCUUGCACUUCCAACCCAACUCCGUACGCGCAGAGUUCUUCCGCGACACCCGUGCCCGUGUUGCGCGUCUCUUUGAAGUCGUCGCGACGAAGCUCAACCUCCCUCCUACCACUCAACCCCUGGGUCUACUGAUGGCGUCCGGCGGCGCGGGAAGUCAACCUCCCACGCCCGGCCAUACUCCUCUCAGCGAGGAUCUCGUUCGUGUCACCAUUGACGCGGAGACGUCCAUCAUCUUGGACGGCAAGCCGCACACGUUCGAGGCCCCCGAAGACUUGCACGUUGGCAACGUAUCAGCAAAUUCAAGCACCGGCCAGGGCGGUGGGCACGAGUCUCCCACGGCCGGCUCGACAUCGAAUUUCCUCCCGAACUCGCGCAAACGGCGGCGCAUCGACUCCCUCGGCAAUGCCGCGACGGGGAGCCACGCCGCAUUAGGCGCCGAAGAGUGGGUUGUAAGAACAGGCCAGUGGCGGCUCAAGAUUCAGGGCUCUCGGAACGGCAAGAGCGCGGUCGAGGUCGUGUUAGUCGCCGUCAAACUCGACGCUUACAGCUCCGAGAACGCAAGAAAUGCGGCCAGGGGUUUUCUCAACGGUUGA